CCGCCCCGCCUGCGCAUGCUCAGUGGCGAGCUGGGGCGCGGCUGGGUGUCCGCCUCUCUGGCCGUCGGGCUUGUUCUUCCUUCGUGUCUGUGGGUGGCAGAGACCACAAAGCGCCUGCUCAUGGAGCCCCCCGGCCCAUUUCGGGCCGCGUUGGUUGGGCCGCUGCUCCUGCUCCUGCUGCCGCUACUCCUGCCUCUAUCUGGGCCGGCCGUGUCCGCCCAGAGCGCGGCCGCUGCUUGCUCUGAGAGCACCAACCGCUCCUGCAACGACUGCCUGAGGAACGUGUCGUGCUUCUGGUGCUACACGAAUAACGCCUGCCUGGACUACCCCGUCAGGAAGAUCCUGCCGCCCAGCGCCCUGUGCCCGCUGAAGUCGGCCCGCUGGGGCGUGUGCUGGGUGAAUUUCGAAGCCCUGAUCAUCGCCAUGUCAGUAGUGGGAGGGAUCCUCCUCCUGGGCAUCACUGUGUGCUGUUGCUGUUGCUGCAGGAAACGGAAGAGCCAAAGGUCAGACAAGGAGGAAGAGCGGGCUGCUCGAGAGAGAGAGGAGAGGAAAGUUCGGCAGGAGGAGAGGAGAGCCGAGAUGAAGUCUAGACACGAAGAAAUCAGGAAAAAAUACGGGCUGUUUAAGGAACAGAAUCCGUACGCCCGGUUUGAAAACAAUUAGUGCCUCCCGGGAGCCCAGGCACCCUCCCUGCGCCCCCGGCACCCCUUCCUCCGAAGCUGCUUUCAGGAAAGAGCCUUCUGUUCAAAGGAGACGCCCGGCCCCCGACGGGUCACUCACCGACGCCACGUUCCACGAAGACCAGUGCCAGGGCCUGGGCUGGAAGAGGAGGGCUGCUCGGCCCCAGGUCCCCCUACACUCAGCCUUGGGGCCCCCCUGCUCUCGGCCCCGGGCCCCCCUACACUCGGCCUCGGGGCCCCCCACACUCAGCCUCGGGGCCCCCACACUCAGCCUUGGGGCCCCCCUACACUCGGCCUCGGGGCCCCCCCCACUCAGCCUCGGGGCCCCCACACUCAGCCUUGGGGUCCCCCUGCACUCGGCCUCUUUCUUGGGUAAAAUGCGGGUCUCGUUCUGGUUGAGGUUUGUCCCCUCCGUUGCGUUCUUCAAGGCUGGGCACCCCCGAGAAGCCGCCCUUCGCAGGCCCGGGUUCCUCUCCUGUGCAGGAGAGACGCUGCGCCGCCCGCCGUCCCAGAGGGUCCACGUUUCCGUGGCUCCGGAGCCACAGGACGGGCCAAAUAAGUGCCUUUUCCCAAACCCCCUGCAGAGGGCGGGGCGCCCCUCCCCCAGACUCUGGGCGCACAGUGGCAGCCGAAGCCCCCCCUGAUCUCGGGGCCUUUCUGCCCUGAGACCCGCCCAGCCGACCUGCCUUGGGGGGAGGGAGCACUGUGAUGACUGGCGUGCGCGGCCCCGGUGGUGCUUCUCUGCUGCGUUUCUACUCUGUAUCUAGGCCGGGCAUCAUCCGGGUAGCCCCAUGCCCGCAGCGCCUGCCCUUCGGGAAUGCCAAAUAAAACAUCGAUUGUA